AUGGGCUACGCUCCGAUGAAUUAUCCUGGCUAUGCAGGUCAGCCCAUGGCUAACCCUCAACAAAGUAUCCCGACACCGCAAUUCCCACCUUCGCGGACCGCCAAUUACCAAGUUCCCCAAAGUACGACUUCCUUCCCUUCUUCACGACCAUUUCCACAGUCUACACCAACACAUGGACCUCCAUACCAGCAUCAACCUGGCUACUCAGCUUACGGUCCAUCUACUGCUCAGCAGGCUCCGACGUAUCACUCCAUUACUCCAAGCCACCAAAAUGCCCCCCCAUCUGUGCAACCGUCAAUGAUGGGCCCGCCCAUGCAUUGGGGAUACAAUAAUACCGGCUCUGGGGGAGGGUAUACUGGUCCUCCACACGGGAAUCAGCGAGGUCCCCGCCCGUACAAUGCUUACGGCAACCAGGCCUCCAGAGGGGGUGGCACCAUGCCACAUAUGAAGCGCGACCAUGCCUCAGCAUUUGGAAAGCCACAGAACAUUACCCCACGGGUUCCUGCACCUCCUCCGGUUCCUAGCUUCGGGAAUCCUUUACCGUCCAAGCCACCUCCGCCGGCUGACGCUACGAGAAAACCGAAGAAGAAGAAACGAAAGCACAAUCAACUUGGUUUGACACCGAAGACGGAGGAACACGAGUCUAGCGAAGAAGAUGAUGAUGUAGACGAAGAAUCGAGGCUAGCACAGGGUGGUGCUGGUGCAGCAGCAGCCGUGCAGUUUACAUUCAAAGGACGCACAACCACAUUGCAGUCUCCCGCUGAAAUUGCAGCAUGGAUCGAGGAGCGUAAGAAACGGUUCCCAACUAAGGAGAAAAUCGAGGAGAAAAAGAAGGCUAUGGAGGAGGCGAAGAAAGCUAAGGAAGAAACUCAGCGGCUAAAAGAAUCGCGAAAGCAAGAGACGAAGAACUCGCAGAAAGACCAUCAGCAAGCUCCUGCAGAUCCAAUAGACGCAGCUGAGAAAGCGAAGCGGAAGGCUGAUAAGCUACGACGGAAGCUCAUGAAAGAGCAGAAAAAGGUCGAAAAGGCGGAAGCAGAUGCGGAGCGGGCUCGGAUGAGAGUCGAGGAACUGCAGCGAGGAUCGACGGACGUUAACAGAGACAUUACUUCUGCAUCCACACAAGACGCUCAAGCCCAGCCAGGCCCUGAAGAUAAAUCGAAUACUGCUCUUGGUCAGGAGACGAGAGCUUCAGAGACUGAAGGUGAGCUGCUCGCUUCAGGACAUACUCCGGGCCAUGUUUCCGAACCCAACAAUGAUGGGCCAGCAUCAGCUUCUGAAGCCAAACCGAACGGGGAGGAUGUCAUGGAUGAUGUCAAGGCCGAUGCUGCUGUGUCUUCGGAUAUUUCCGACAGUAGCGACUGGACGUCAUCUAGUGGAUCGGACCUCUCCUCUUCAGACUCGGAGGACAGCGACAGUGAUUCCGCCCCUGAGGAGACAACCUCUCGCCGUGAGGGCCCUGAACGGGUGGCUCCGCCCCCACGCGAAGCAAAGAAGAAGCUAUGCCGACACUUUGCCCGAACCGGUCGUUGUCAGCGUGGAGAUAAGUGCAAGUUCCUGCACGAGACGCUGGAUCGUGGGGCUAAGGCGAAGUCUGUAGAGAAGAAGGGGCGCAAAGGCCUUUUACAAGCACUUCUCGACCGUCAAAAAGGCGAAGAUGAUCGAAAAGUUAUGGAGGCUAUUGUAUGGCUCGGUGAAAACGGCUUUCUUGACGAAACAAAGUCCCACAAAGAGCCCCUGGAAGGUGCGAAUGAGAACUCUGCAACGGAUGAGGUAAAAUCAUCCAAAGGGCUCCCAGGAGACCUACUAUUAUCAUCAGAAGGCAUUGUGUCGGUGCAGACAAGUGAUAGUGCCCCGGCCACUGCUUAG